UACGGAUAUACCACGCCCUGAUUUCAUCUUGCUGUCAACACACUGAGGAUGGUGUGUGCAUGAAAUGCUACUAAAGGUUUACAUCUACAAACUACAGUUUGUUUUGUGUACUGGGAACCAAAGUGAAGGACAGAGUUACAGCCUGGGUAGAUGUUGGCAAGCUCUGAUAACACUGGGGCAGGACAGGUAGAGCAUCACAGAGACACUAGCUGGUUGCCAAGCAGUCAAUGACAACCAAAGAAACAAACAGCAGAAACUCUACGAUUCAUUCCUUUAGGAUUUGGAUUUGUAAUUAACUAUAUAUACAUAUUAGAGAAAUGAAAUAAUCAGUAAUCACCCACAUGACUUCUAUGCACUGAAUCAUGCCCAAAGGUCGACAUCAUCACAUUGUAUCACAUAUACAUGAAGCUCCUGUGUUGGAGUCAGGACGUGGUUUUCCACCAGUUUGCUUGUUUGCCUUCACUCAAUUUAGUGUUUUUGACAAUGUUUCAACCCGCAAGGUGUUGGAUCGAGUUCAAAGAGUGAGUGAAACAGACAGAGAUAAGCAAGGCCUAACGUGGCUGGAGGAGGAAUCCGACCAGUCAAAACACAUGGUCAACAUGCCUGGAGGGGAUGCAUGGCACCUCUCAGUAAGCCAACGAACGGGCUGAGGUGAGCUACAUUUGCAGCGGGACCGAGGGGAAGGCACAGGUGAGUAGAGUUGGCUGAUUAGCUGACCAUGGCAAACAGGAAAAAACGACGAAGUGGGAGGUCUAGAUCAAAGGGGCGUGGUCAACACAGGAGGCGUGGCUGGAGAGAAAUAGAAAGUCCCUGAUCUGACUCUUAACAUCUUGCCAGUGACCACUGAUUUCUACCAACUACUGAAAACGUCUUACGGAAAAAGAACUUUCAUUAAGUUCUAUCAGUGAAGUGUGAAGAUUGCAGUUGAUUUAUUUGUUUUUGAUUCAGAUCAGAUUCAUAAAUGUUAAAUUAUAAUUUUAUUAUUUUAAUUUUACUGAAGCUAAAAAAUUAGAGUCUAUUUUACAGCACUGACCGAAGACUGGACUGUGGUUUGGUGGUUUGUUGGUGAGCGUGUUAACCAAAGGACAGGUCUUCUGCUUGAUGCUAUAAAUUCCUCUUAAAGUGGACACCUUUGCAGCAACUCUUCACAUUUUAUUUUAAUUUUUCUAAACAAGUGAAAAGACAUGUCCACCAUAUACCCAUCAACUGGAGUGGUCACUAGUACCACCACCUACGGAGGCCCAGUAACAGCACAGCCUCAGCCUACCCAGAUAACGACAAUGACCACCACCUCCCAAGGCCCAGUGAUAGCAGUACAGCCUCAGUCUACCCAGAUAACAACUGUGACCACCACCUCCCAAAACCCAGGCACUUGGAGCACUGGCCUCUGCGAUUGCUGCUCUGAUAUGAGCACCUGCUGCUUCGGCUUUUGGUGUUUUCCCUGCAUGCAGUGCGAGACUGCUAAUAGGUUUGGCUGGUGCUGCUGCGUUGCAACGCUGGAUUACUGCUGCGUGGUGUCCUACCUACUCCGGACCUCCAUGAGAGAGCGCUACAACAUUCAUGGCUCGUGUUGUAAUGACUACUGUACGAUAUGCUGGUGUUACCCCUGCGUUUGGUGCCAGAUGCGGCGCGAGCUGAAGAUCCGGGACAGGAAGGUGGCCACUGUGCAGGUGGUCACUACACAGCUACACAACUAGCGAUUUACUGAUCGUGUAAGCUAGUAUAGACAUUUGUAAAAAAUAUAAAACUAUAUAGAAGUAUUUUCCUGAUGUUGCAAUAAAGAAGAGUUGUUCUGUU